CAGAACGAACAUGACUCUGUCGGCCUUCUUUCUUUCUUUCUCUUCUGCGUCGAUUCUUGUUUUCUUCUUCUCACUCUUCCCUUUCUCACUCUCAGCUUCAUUACAAGCAACCAACCUGUCUCUUGUUGGAACCCCAGCAACACCACCAUUUAAUUACAAUUCCCCAUCAUUUUCUUCUCAUUUCUCAUCUCAUACAAUGAAAUCAUCUUAGAGUUAGACCCUUCGCCGAGGAGAAGAAAUAUAUAAACUCCCGUCAUGUCAUUAAGUGGUGGUGAAGAAAAAGAUAUCAUGAGCGGAGGCGAGUCGAGACCGAAACCCGCCAACCCGAGAGUCAGCUACCGCGAGUGCCUGAAGAACCACGCCGUCAACAUCGGCGGCAACGUCACCGACGGCUGCGGCGAGUUCAUGCCCGGCGGCGACGAGGGCUCCCUCGAGGCCCUCAACUGCGCCGCCUGCUCCUGCCACCGCAACUUCCACCGCAAGGAGCUCCACCACCACGCCUCCGCCAUGGUCCACCCGCUCCAGCUCACUCCGCCAUUGCCCUCUCCCCACCACCACCGCGCCGCCGCCUCGGCGAUGCAGCCGAUCAGGAUGGCUUUCGGCGGCGGAGAUUCCUCGAGCGAGGAGCUGAACUUCAGCGCCUUCCAUCUGAACGCGGUGGCGCCGGCGCCACCGCAGAAGAGGUUCAGGACGAAGUUCAGCGCGGCGCAGAAGGAGAAGAUGCUGGAGUUCGCGGAGAAGGUGGGGUGGAGGAUUCCGAGAGAAGACGACGCGGAGAUGCAGAGGUUUUGCGCCGAGACAGGAGUGAAAAGGCAGGUUUUCAAGGUUUGGAUGCAUAACAAUAAGACUAUUUCUUCUUCUUCCAAUAAAACCACCACCAUCUUUCCAAAUUGGUUGUAGAUUUCUAUCUGUGCGACGUGGAGGUUGAAUUAUUAUAAGUUCAGAAGAGGAACAUGGGCAUGCUGUGAGUUGAGGGAGCACCCAUUAUUCAUAAUUGGUUCCAGGAAAUUUUCAUUAAUCAUUAUCUUUCUGUCACUUUAUUUAUUUCAUUUCGAUUUACUUCAGAAAGCCCUUGAUGUACGAAUGAUUCUAUUGGUCCACUUUUUUCUCUCUUCAAUAUAGUUUUAGUAGUAUCAUUGUUAUUCA